GAGAGAAGCAGCAAAUAAAAAUUUGUCUUCUCUCGUUGAUAGAAAACAAAAAGAACUGUUUCUUCCAUUUCAAGAAAACGAUCAAAACCUGCAGGUUUCAUUCAACGCCACUGAAGAAGACCCUUUGAGCGAUAACUAUGGCCGACGAAAGUGGAUACGACGCUGGAUCAGACGCUUCACUACCUUCUUCAGGGUCAGAGAUAAGCUUUGUCGAGAUAAAGAAGCCUUGUGAAGUUUGCGGAAGUAAUGCCAAUGAUGACGAGAUAAUGACAUGCUUCUUCUGCAGAGAUACUCGAGAACAUAUUUAUUGCUCGAGGGGGAUGUUAGGAUCUGUUCCUCCAAUGUGGAUGUGCGAGGAGUGCAUUUCCUCAAGAAUUAAUCGAGUUGUGAAUAACGAAGCUCCUAUUGAUCAAGCUGCUGCAUCAUCAAGAAGUACUUAUCAAGUUGUUGAUAGUGAAGUUGUUCAUCAGAACAUGACUUCUAGCGACUCUGGUAAUCAAAUCUCAGCGACUCAUGAUCAACCUUCACAGGCACAUGCAAGUCCAGUAGCUGAAGAAGCUGUUGUGCCAAUGGAUACAUCUUCAGGCGAGAAUCAGAAGCCGCCCUCUGAUUCGGAAUCUGCAAUCUAAAAAUGCUUUCUUAUCAGAGAUGUUUUCGUAGCUUUAGCUUAACCAUUGACAGAGAGAUAUGGAUUUUGGGUUGUUUAAAGAAGCUUUUCUUUUUCUUGGGUCACAAGUCAUUUUGAUCGGACUUCAUUGAUCCUGAUUUGACUCAUGAUCUCUCUUUGUAGUUUGUACAAUCUUCUUUUGUUGCUUGAGUCAUUGCUACUUUUAGCUAUAUGACUAAUUUUUGUAGUUGUCACCAAAACAUUGAUUUAUGCUUUGGAGAAAAGUUUAUGGAUAUGUGAUGCUAUUGCCCUCUAUUUUUUU